AUGAAUCACAAUUUGACAGUCUCAGCGCUACGAUUGCUCAAGUCCUUGCUACCAUCGCGAAUUGAAGACGCCGUUAUCAUAAUCACAGCCUCAAUACCCAAGAUCAGACCCGUGCUCUUGGUAGCAUAUAAACGCCUCCGAAGACAUCGACUAUGGAACAAACUCACCUCCAGCGAUCGAUUGAAGUUUUUCACGAGGCGUCAUGACAGAAACAACGGAGCAGGUCACAUUUCCAUCCGCAGCCAUCGUGUUUCCACAGAUGACCAUGAAGAAUCGUCUAUACUCCAUCGACUCAGAAAGCCAAAUACAUGCAGCAGCAUAUACAGCAGAAAAUCCAAACCCACCACACAUCACAGCAGUCGUCAAAACAAUCAUGAAUCAUUCGAGCAAUCCUCCUCUUCACAGAAAACAAAACACCACCGUCGACAUCUCAGCAGUACCAGCGGGGCCACAAAAUCCAGUCUCGGCUCUCACCCCCUUUCACGCUUCACAACAGCAACCACCGGCGUCGACAGUAUCGAUUUCAGUAAUGCCGAUACUAAUCCUUCUGCUCCUUUCUGCCCAUCUGGUCUGGCGAAUGAUUUUUGGCCUAUUUCAUCGCCACAACUUACAUGUCAAACUGUUAUUUCUGCUGGUGAUGAUCCACCUCCACCACCGUCGCCAUUCGCGUCGUUUUUACUACCUCAACUACCGCCUACAGCUGUAACUCCAUCGAAUUCCCUUACACCAACGAAUGGAAGCGGUCGAUCGUCACGGAAUAGUCGUCGGGAAUGUAGUCGUGCCGCUGCAGAAAGCGGAUUCACGACUACAAAUUCAUCUAUCAUCUUCCUACCAGUCAACAAUAUAGCCGGACCAUACCCAAUCCUACAAACGAAUCAUUUCAGCAUUGAAUACGAGGAUGAGAAUGAUAGUAAUCAGCAACAGCAGCAGGAUUUGGCCUUGAUAUGGGCCGAUGCUCAACUCGCUGAUAUUGCUACUACCUCGAGCAGGAGGUAUAAUGAGGAUGAUGCCGAGGCUUUGCAGUUGCAUGAUGUGGGUUGCAUAUUAAAUGAAUCGAGGUUGAAUCAGCCUUGA